AUGCACCCAGACAGCUACUAUCGUUUACGACUCCUCAAUGACUUUGCACGCAUCUUCGUCGCACCCUCAAUCCUACUGUGUUUUAUUCUGCGGACAGCAGAUAUUUCUUUGGGCUUUCUCACCAUACCAGCAUACCCCAUCUGUAUAGCCUUGUGCGCCUAUGCGCGACUCGCGUAUCGGGAUUGGCAGCAAGACCAGGAAGCCCACCGUCUGGGGGCACGACGUAUUCCCCAGGUCGUCGGCAAAUGGCCGGGGAAUUUAGAUAUCUAUUUGAAGUUACUCAAGUCCACUCAGACGACGUAUCUUGGUUCUUUCCACCUAAGCCUAUUCGAGGAAUACCAAACGACCACCCUCAACCUCAGGCUAUUGUGGCAGGAUGUAGUCAUGACCAUGGAUGAGAAACAUGUGCAAUUCAUACUUGCCACAGGGUUCAAUAAGUUUUGGAGAGGUGCCAGGCAAAAAGAGCGCAUGGAAGCCUUCCUAGGCAAGGGAAUCUUUAACCGCGAUGGCGAUGAAUGGAAGGCGCACCGCGCUCUUGCGCGCCCAUUUUUUGCACGCGACCGCAUCGCCGACUUCGAGCUCUUCGAUCGCUACACCCAGAGCACACUCUCGCUCAUGGCCUCCCUCGCUGCGCAGAAUCGUCCGAUAGAUGUGCAGGACAUCUAUUCGCGCUUCGCUCUCGAUGCCGCGUCAGAGUUCCUGUUCGGCAAAAAUGUCGACACGCUCUCCUGGCAGCUCCCCUUGCCCGGCACUGCGCUCAUUGGCCCGAAGGGCUCCGCGACGGCAGAUGAGUUUGGGUCGUUCGCGCAAGCAUUCGAGAAUGCGCAGGUUACUGUAAUGCGUCGGUCACGAAGGGGAUACUUCUGGCCUGCAUAUGAACUAUUGCAGCGCGAUCCCCAUGAGGUGGACAUGAAGAUCAUCCAACAGUGGGUUGAUCCGCUUGUGGAGCGUGUGUUGGAGAACAAGUCAAACAUGCGCAAGGCGGGUGUGCAAAAUUCGUUGGAUCAGAGCGUCUUCCUCGAAUACCUUGCCGACAACACUGAAGACCGCAAGGUGAUCCAAGACCAACUCCUCAACAUUCUUUUGGCCUCAAGAGACACCACAUCUAUGCUCCUUACAUUUGUGACCUAUUUGCUCGCCUUGCAUCCUGACGUCGCGAAGAGGCUCCGCGCUGAGGUCCUGCAGCACUGCGGCGUGGAUGGCGCACCAACGUUUGAGACGAUCAAGAACAUGAAUUACAUGCGUGCCGUCAUCAACGAGACCCUCCGCGUCUUCCCGCCUGUGCCCACCAAUGGUCGCGAGAGCCGCCCAGAGCCGUGUCUCUUCCCGCAGUCCGAUGGAACAUACCCAGAGCGCCCCGAGCCGCUCUAUGUGCCCCCUUCGACCCAGGUCAUCUACCUGCCCAUCCUUACGCAGCGCAACCCAGCGCUGUGGGGUGCUGACGCGGACGUAUUCGACCCCGACCGCUGGCUCGAUGACCGGCUCAAAAUAUUCACCAGCAACCCGAUGAUCUUUACGCCAUUCAGCGCUGGCCCGCGCAUCUGCAUAGGGCAGAAUUACGCGCUCAACGAGGCGUCGUUCUUCCUCACACGCCUGCUGCAGCAGUUUGACACGUUCACGCUGGCACCCGAGGCGCAGCCAGAGGGCUCGCUGCCGCCGCCAGAAUGGAAGCACGGCAAGGGACGCGAGACUUACGAGAGAUUGUGGCUUAAUUCGGCUCUUACCGCCUACGUAAAGGGGGGUCUUUGGGUGCGUUUCGGCAAACAGGAAUAGAGCAGCACUCUUAUCAUAAAUUAUUAACUUAUUACUUUUGGGUUUGGAGGGUAGUAUGGCUAUGUGAUCUGCAUACACGGGACAUCAUUGAGGUUGACAAGCCAUAUAGAUUUGUCUGUAUCAUGCAUGAA